AAAGAUUUAACAUGAAGUUUACCAUAAAUGUGUUUUUGUUCAAUUGUAGAAGUUAUCUUAACAACACACGGGAGGUAAAUAUCGGUUUCAUCUUAAUAUAAGUUCACUCUGUAUCUGUUAGUAUAUUUGGUUUCAAUUCCUAAUUAUGUCUCUUAAAAAAAAUUACCCUGAAAAUACUUUAUUUUUCCUAAUGUGAUUGAGUUUACGCGCAGACCUACUGCUCAAAUAAGCAAGCAUAAAAUGCUUAGAAUUGUUUUACAGACGAAUCCCAGCUUUUAGUAUACAACACAGCACUACCCUCCCACCCCCACUCCCCGUCCUCCAUGCUGUCUUCGACGUUUAGGUUUGAUGAGACUUGUUUCACAAGCGCGGUGUUGGUUUUAUGUUAAGCUAGAAACUCAACUGCAGUUUUAUUAACGACACGUUUAUGAACAAUCAAAUGGUCCCCAUAAAAAUUUAUUGAAGGACAUAAAAGCAUGCACGACCACUUGCCGAAUAUAGCCGCUGUAGUGGCCAAGUUUGCAAGCGUCGUUCUAUUCCCACCUCUGCGAUUUUUUUUAAGUCCAUUUUAUGAGGGACAUCCCGAAUUGUGUUUAUUUGAAACUGGUGGAAACCGAGGCCUCCAGUGCGUAACAGAGAGCCAAAAGUCCCACAUCUGCACCGUAGAUAAGUCAAUUCCAUUUAUAUUUCAGCAUGGUUUGUCUCUAUUAGUGUAAUCAGUGGCAACGUUUAUGGUAAUAAAACCAUCAGAACAAAAACAAUCAGUUUAUGUCCACCUGCAGAGGUGAAAGUGAUUAAUAUGAAAACAUAAUACGGAAAAUGAUGCGCAAAACCCAGGGCAGACCAGAAAGCAGUACGACCAAUCUUGUUCGACCAAGAUUAAUUACACCAAAAAAUAGUGCCUCGAAAAGACCUUGCACAGUCUUUAAACAAACACCAAUGGGUGUUUUAGUUAAGAAAUAAACGUCAACGACACUCGAAUGCUACGUUUUACCUCUUCGUAUGCAAAUAACCUUAAGAAAAACAAACAUUAGAAACAUUAUUAGCAACCUACUGCAAUCCCGAAGUACAAUGCUAUCCCAAGACAACCCGCGCAUUGAUCUUCUGUGCGCUUUUUUCACGGGGUAAAUGUGAUCACGUGCUCCGUAGUCGUCCAAUCACAGCUAGAGGGGCUUUCAGAAAUAAUUACCUGGCUUGAUUGUUCUAUGGGCAGAUAAAAAGUACACAUACACGCCAUAUAAUAAUCGGAUGCAUGUAAAAGAGACGGCAGCAUCGUCAUGUCGACUACGGGUCCCAUAAGCAGUUAUUAUGUGGAUUCCUUGAUCAACCACGAGAGCGAGGAUGUUUUGGCGACUCGUUUUUCCACCUCGGCACCGAUAUCCUCCGGUUCACGCCCGACGACUCUGGUACCGGAAUGCGUGGAUUAUCCGUCCUGCAGCUUUGCCCCGAAACCCCCAGUUUUCACUACCUCUUGGGCCCCCGGUCACUCGCAGUCGUCAGUGGUUUACCACCCGUACACUCACCAGCCUCAUUUAGGAACAGACUCAAGGUACGUCCGCUCGUGGCUAGAGCCAAUCCCUGGUACCGUGUCCUUUCCAGGCUACCCAGCUAACAACAGGCACUAUGGACUGAAGCCUGACGCCUUCCAGGACCCCCGAACUGGAGACUGCUUGGCUUCAAACGGACGCACCUAUUCGGAUUAUCUCUAUUGCUCCGCCGUGGACAUCAGAGAAAAGCAGCCGAAUACACCUUCGCCAGAGUCGGAGACGCUAUCUUCCGGGAAGCACAAAGACGAGAAGACUGAAUUAGACCCGAACAAUCCUGUUGCAAACUGGAUCCAUGCGCGCUCCACAAGAAAGAAGCGAUGUCCAUACACAAAAUACCAAACGCUGGAACUCGAAAAGGAGUUUUUAUUCAAUAUGUAUCUAACAAGAGACCGGCGAUAUGAGGUGGCCAGAGUGUUAAACCUAACGGAGAGGCAGGUCAAAAUCUGGUUCCAGAACCGACGGAUGAAGAUGAAGAAAAUGAACAAGGAAAAGAGCGACAGUAAAGAAUAGUCGACCAAAAAUUGUUUCACGGAAAAGAGACUGUACGAAAAACGUAGAAGAUUGUUCUCCAAUGUCUUAACAGUUACCGCCUCUCUUCGUUGUAACAGGAAUAGACUAAACGCAUUGGCAGUUUAUUUUGUUAUGGUAUCAUUUUAGUUUCUAGUAACUGUGAUUUUACCAAUCUAGGUUUAUAUUAACUCUACAUUUACUUGCACAUUAGAUAUCUGUUCGGAUUUAGAUGAGAGAAUGUAAGGACAUUGUAUGCCGUAGAGAAGCUGCCCCGAAGUGUAAGCAAGAAAAUACUUGAACUACUACUCUAUUUUCAAUUUCGUAAUUUAUGAUUUUGAUGUUUGUGUGUGUUCAGUUUAUUUGUAACAGGUGUAAAACUCCAAUAUAUUUUGUAAGGAAUAACACUUACAUUGUUUAUGUUUCCGUGUGAUGUCCCUGUUGUUGUUUUUUGUAUCUGUUUGUGCAUUCUACGUUGUUUCAAUUGUUGAAAUAAUCUUCUGUAUGGAUUGUAAAUAUGUCAAAAUAUAUACGACCACUACCUUAAUAUUA